UGUUGUGUCGCAGUGACAGCUGCAAUCAAAAAGCAGGUCUGCCAACCUAACAAUAAUAAAAUUCUUUUUGUCAAAUUUGUGAAUUCUUCGCGCAGGGUGAAUUUUUUUCGCAGUCCAGCCUAAAAAUGCCAGAACUUACUGAAAUCAAGUCUGAUGCUCCCACUACCUCUACCGCUCCAGCUGCUGAGGCCAAGCCCGUACAGGAUGUCCGUGUAGAAGAUGAUGGCAGUGACAGCGACUCCGAGGAUACCAUUCCCGAGUUGGAGGAUGCCGGUGCUGGAGCCACCCAAUUGGGCGGUGGUGCCACCGGUUUGCCCAUUGACUUGGUCUCCAAGGCUAAGCAAUCGCGCGGCGAAAAGAAGGCCCGCAAAAUCAUGUUGAAAUUGGGCUUGAAACAAAUCCAAGGUGUCAACCGUGUCACCAUCCGCAAAUCCAAGAACAUCUUGUUCGUCAUCAACAACCCCGAUGUCUACAAGAACCCCCACAGUGAUACCUACAUUGUCUUCGGCGAAGCCAAGAUCGAAGAUUUGUCACAACAAGCCCAAGUGGCUGCCGCCGAGAAAUUCAAGGCCCCCGAAGGUGCCAGCGCUGCCGAUACCAUUGGCACCACCUCCUCGGUUGCACCCAUUGCCGAAGAAGACGAAGAGGAAGUCGAUGAGACUGGCGUUGAUGAGAAGGAUAUUGAAUUGGUUAUCAAUCAAGCCAACACCACCCGCGCUAAGGCUAUUAAGGCUCUCAAGAACAACAACAAUGAUAUAGUCAAUGCCAUUAUGGAGCUGACGAUGCUUUAAAU